AUGGCAGCUGCAAGCAACCCUGCAUCGCCCAGUUCGGUCAGCUUCCAGGAGGCCCCACUUCGCCGAUGGCGCAGGCGGGCAACGCGAUGCUGCAGGCCACGCCGAAGAGCAUGCGGCGAACAGCCUCCUCGCCGGAGGGGCUUCGACACGUACAAGGCGCCCAGGAGGCUCUCCGCUGGCGUGGUGCCGGUGCACAAGUUCGAGGACGAUCAUCACAGCUAUUUCGUGCCGGCCAGCAUGCGGCAUGCGGGGGAGCACAAGAUUCAGGGCAAUUACUCGCUGCCCAAGCUGAGCAAGGACAGGAAGCUCGCCGCGACGGUGGGGGACGGCACCGGCUUCCGCUGCCAGGGCGCGGGGGCCGACUGGUGGCCCCAGCCAACUGGUGCCGCCUACGAGAAGCCGAUGACCCAGUACCAGCUCACGCACGGCUGCUAG